UGCUUAUGAGUGAUCAGUUUAUUAUGACACAAGAUGUUAAACUAAUGUUACUAAAGUACGAAAGAAUCUGAAUCAGAAUAGGCCGAGAAAUUAUGGUUCAGAAAUCCUAUCUUUCAUCAUCAAUGAGACUACAACAUCAUGGGUAGAGUAAAACCACAACUAGCCAGUGAUUCCCGUGACACUUCUUCACUCUGCACAAAAGUUAACAACCCCAAAACCAACCCCUUUUUAUGUAUGUGUCUUCUACAAUAACAAUAACCUCUGCUACACUCUAUCACCCUACACUCCCUCUCUUGUUCCAUCACUUCUCCGAGAGAGUAAAACAGUUAACUUUAUAGUUUUUGGAUAUAUCAGCCAAAAGGGGUGUGAAAGAACACAAUGCAACAAAGUUCAGCUUCAGGGUCAUUGAUGAAGCAACUGAGUGUGAAGGAGGCUUGGAAAUCAACAUCAAGUAGGUGGAGUGGGAAGGACAAGUAUAGCAGUGUUGGGGGAGGGAGCAUUGAGGGGUGUGAGGCAAGUUUGAGCCAAAUGGAAGGUUUUUCUAUGUAUGGGAAUGAGGACAAUAAUGGGGUGGUGAUGGGGAAGAAGAGAGUGAUGGUGGUGGUGGAUCACACUUCUCAUUCCAAGCAUGCAAUGAUGUGGGCACUCACUCAUGUAGCUAAUAAGGGUGAUUUGCUCACUUUGCUUCAUGUUGUACCUACUCAUAGGGGUUCUGAAUCUUCUUGCUCUACCUAUCUUGUCAAUCAUCUUGGUUCACUUUGCAAAGAUUGCAAGCCAGAGGUGGAAGUGGAAGCACUUGUUAUCCAAGGACCAAAACUGGCCACAGUGAUGAGCCAAGUGAAGAAGCUGGAGGUUUCUCUCUUGGUAUUGGGCCAAAAGAAGCCCUCUCCUCUACUUAGCUGCCUGUGUGGAAGCAACAGUAUCAGCAGCUCAGAGGAGUUUGCUGAGCACUGCAUCAACAAUGCAGAAUGCUUGACAGUAGGAGUAAGGAAGAGAAGCCAAGGUAACAAUGGCUACCUCAUCAGCACAAGGUGGCAGAAGAACUUCUGGCUACUGGCUUAAAAAUUUCGAGUUCUUAACUUUAGUUACCAGCUAUAGUUAGGAUCUCACAAACAAAAAAAGGGGUCAAAUGGGAAAAUUAACACAAUAAUAAUAAUAUGUACCUCCUGUUCUAGUUCUAACUACAUUGUCAUUGUACUCAUGAUGUGACUCGGUGGCAUCAAUUUAGUUCUAUACUAUGAUUAAUGAAACAUGAUUGUGACCAAUAACUUC